UUUUGUACGUGCAUGUCAUUAGGUCUCGCUACGGUUCGCUCCUCGGAAGCGCAAACUUAAGAUAAUAUUCGCGUCUGAAUAUCGAGUGCGAGAGAAUGCCGCGAAGAUUCCGAUUAUUCGCGUACGCGGGAGGCGGAUUUACAUACGUUAACUGAAAUAGCCCUCAAUGACAGCGUCGUUCGCUAUUGCAAAUUAACAUAGGCUGCUUAGUUGCGGUCCCGCUCCACAGUUCUCAGAUAACGCCCGGCCCCUCCCCCCGGGUUUCGUGGCGUCACCGCGAUGACAUUAGCGAUAAUGUUGCUCCGCGGCGAAGCGGCUCCUUCAAAGCGGCCGCGGGCGGCCGAUGUCAUUGGAUCUCUCGCGUUUCCACGCGCGAGAAGCGGAGAGAGCACCGGUGGCGCGCCUCGCAAUCGUAGCGGACCAUCCUCGGCGUACGUUCCCUCGUGAUCGCACGAGAAACCGAAAUCGUCCACAAAUGGCCGAGGAUUUACGGGAAGGACUGAUGCUGGGCAUGGGAAAUCCCCUCCUGGAUAUCUCAGCGAACGUGGACGAUAAACUUUUACAAAAGUACGAUCUGAAGUCUAACAAUGCCAUUCUCGCCGAGGAAAAGCACAAGCCUUUGUACGAGGAGAUAAUCGAUUUAUACAAUGCCGAGUUUACCGCGGGUGGAUCCGUACAGAACACUAUGCGAGUGGCGCAGUGGUUCCUGCAAAAGCCAAGAGUUGCCACCUACAUGGGCUGCGUCGGCAGGGACAAGUACUCGAAAAUCCUGGAGGACAAGGCGACCGGGGACGGCUUGAACGUCCGCUAUCAGUACACCGAUCGGGAACCGACCGGCACGUGCGCGGUGCUCAUUACGGGGAAGGAACGCUCCCUGUGCGCCAAUCUGGCUGCGGCGAACUGCUUCUCGCCGUCGCACUUGGAGAAGCCGGAAAACAAGCACCUGAUAGACAUCGCGAGAUACAUCUACAUAUCGGGAUUCUUCCUGACGGUCAGUCCCGCGUCCAUACAAACGGUGGCCAAGCACGCGUACGAAAACGACAAGAUGUUCAUGAUGAAUCUCAGCGCGCCGUUCCUGUGCGAGUGCUUCCAGGCGCCAAUGAUGGCGGCGUUUCCCUACGUGGACAUCCUGUUCGGGAACGAGACGGAAGCGGACGCGUUCGCGAAGGCCAACGGUCUUAACGCGUCCGACAGAAAGCAGAUCGCGCUGAAGAUAUCGGAAAUGGAGAAGAUCAAUGACAAGCGGAAGAGGGUCGUCGUGAUAACGCAAGGUGCGGAGGCGGUGCUCCUGGCCGAGGACGGGACGGUGACCGAGUAUCCCGUGACAAAACUGUCGGAGGAGAUGGUCGUGGACACCAAUGCCGCCGGGGAUGCCUUCGUCGGAGGCUUCCUCGCGCAGCUCAUACAGGGCAGAAGCACAGACACGUGUGUAAAGUGCGGCAUUUGGGCGGCGACGCAGAUCGUACAAAAGUCCGGAUGUACUUACGAGGGAAAGCCGAGCUUCCAAUCUUGAUGGGCGCCAACGCGGUAGCUGUUAUAAAUUGUGUACUUAAUAAACUCCUUAAUAAUUGUUUUUUUAUCCCUAUCUUUUGUAUCGGAGCUUUACGAGUGCAGUCGCAGCCGGGAUGAAUAUAAAGGCAUUUAUAUUUAUUGCAAUUCA